GAACGGCUGCCGAGAAGAGACACUGCUGGAGAUGACCGACUGUAAGAGGUCCGCGCGCGGCGUGGGAUCGGGACCUUGAGUGUGGCGGAAGCCUCGAGAAAGCCACAUCUCAGGCUUGUGGGGCGACUUUUUCACGUCUGCCACACGUCUCAAGUGCCAAAGAGAUGGAUGAAACUGUUGCCGAGUUUAUCAAGAGGACCAUCUUGAAAAUCCCAAUGACUGAAAUGAUGACAAUCCUCAAAGCCUGGGAUUUUUUGCCUGAAAAUCAACUGCAGACAGUAAACUUCCGGCAGAGAAAGGAAUCUCUCGUUCAGGACUUGGUUCUGCUCUGUGAGAGUAAGCGUGCAAGUCUCCGUGACGCAGCCCUUUUAGACAUCAUUUAUACUCAAUUUCAUCGGCACCAGAAAGUUUGGGAUGUUUUUCAAAUGAGUAAAGAACCAGGUGAAGACGUUGACCUUUUUGAUAUGGAACGAUUCAAAAGUUCAUUUGAGAAAAUUCUUCGGAGAGCAUUAAAAAAUGUGACGGUCAGCUUCAGAGACGCUGAGGAGAAUGCAGUAUGGAUUCGAAUCGCCUGGGGAACACAGUACAGAAAGCCCAACCAGUACAAACCGGUUUAUGUGGUGUAUUAUUCCCAGACUCCCUACGCCUUCACUUCCUUCUGCCACCUGAAGAGCAAUGCACCCCUUCUGAGUCAGGCGCUGACAGUUGCUAGCAAUCACCAUAAGAUUGUGAAAAUGGACCUCAGAAGCCGGUAUCUGGACUCUCUGAAGGCUAUUGUUUUCAAACAGUAUAAUCAGAAGUUUGAAACUCACAACUCCACUAUGCCUCUACAAGAAACCCUUGAGCUGGACAUGCACAUGGAUUCAAGGAUCAUUCAUGAAAACAGAAUCGAAAAAGAGAGAGUCCAGAGAGUGACUCAAGAAACUUUUGGAGACUAUCCUCAACCAAGACUAGAAUUUGCACAAUAUAAGGUACUCAUUUAGUUUUGUGUAACCAGCUGUGAUCUGUAUUUUUGAGGGGAAAAAAGUUGUGAGCUAUCCCCUUUCUAGCCCGUCCACACUUGCCUGUAGUCGGUGCUCAUAAAUAUUCAUUGAAUAAAAGAGUGAAUAAAGAAGUCGUGACAUACCUAGACCAGUUGGCAUCACCGGAGAGAAACCAGUAAGUAGCCUAGUCAAUACUAUAAACCUAGCUCAUUCCAGAACUGUGCCACUGCCCACCAGGAAGGCCAGGCUGGGGGCAAGCCCAUUGCCAGCAUUAGAAAAAUUCAAGAUUUAUAUCACGAUUGCCCCAAUCUAAUACUGGCACUCCUACUCAUAACAUCCUCCUCCCCUCUAGUAAAUUCUUUCUGCUCUGCACCCCCUACAGUUAUAGGCAGUGCUUUAAAUCCGCCAUUGAUCUGCUCACCCAGGCCCAACACCUGUUCCCUUUGAUUUGUUUUUAGUGGGAAAAGCUGAUAUCUUUCAAGUUGGGCUCCCUACAUGACAGUUUUAACCCAGUUCCUUUGAACAAUUCAUAGUCUAGGACACUGGUUCAUAGUGUGGUCUCUGGAGCCAUCGUAUCAGCAUCCCUUGAGAACGGGUAAGAAAUGCAGAUUAUUGGGCCCACUGCACCGUGGUCCUACUGGAUCAGGGACUCUGGAGGUGGGACCCAGCCAUCUGUUCUUACAAGCUCUCUGGCUGACUCUGCCUACUAAAGAGAACCACUGAGAAUAAGUAAGAAUCUGCAAAUCCCCCCGUGGCUCCAAUUUAGAAUCACUCUGCUCUGUAACUCAGAGUGCACGUUGAUUCAUGCCUGCUCUUAAUUUUCCCUACCUUUUCUAUUUGAAAAACGUCAAACCUUCAGAACACUUGCAAGGACAUUGCAAUGAACAUCCGUUUUCCCUUUGCUUCAGUUCACCCAUUGUUAACAUUUUGCACAUUUCCUUUCCUUCUUUUUCUUGAUUUCUUCUGAACUAUUUGAGUUAGUUGCAGACAAUACUCACCCUCUAAACAUUUCAAAAUACUGCCUGUAAAUUUUAAGAGGCACUUUAAGGAAAAGAAUUUUGAAAUUAGAAUCUAAGACUCCAGUACCUAUUGAAGCAGCCAGUGGAUAUUUGAUAUUAAAGGAUUGUUAGAUUGUUACUAAUUUUUCUAGGUCUGAUACUGUUACAGAGGUGAAGGUUUUAAAAGGAGUCCUUCUGGAGCGCCUCCUCGGUGGCUCAGUUGGUUGAGCCUCCACCUCUUGAUUUCGGCUCAGGUCAUGA